UUUCUGUCACACAAAAAAAAAAAAAAAAAAUCGCGAAACGUUGGAAGGCGAGGAGCAUCGGCAUCAGAUCUCGUGCGGCGGUUGUUUCUUCGGUCUAACAAUCGAUCGAUGAUUUAGAUCUUUGAUUCGAAAUUAAUAUGAUCCUGAUUCGAGGCAAGAUUGAUCAAAUUGCGUUUUUGUUGUGGAAUGAUGAGAUUAUUGUUGUGGAGGACAGACAGGGGAAAGGAUAGGAUGGGGCUAUCAUUUGGGAAGCUGUUCAGCAAGCUGUUUGCCAAGAAAGAGAUGCGUAUUCUCAUGGUUGGUCUCGAUGCUGCUGGUAAGACCACCAUCCUCUACAAGCUCAAGCUUGGAGAAAUCGUCACCACCAUUCCCACCAUUGGUUUCAAUGUUGAAACUGUGGAGUACAAGAACAUUAGCUUCACCGUCUGGGAUGUCGGGGGUCAGGACAAGAUCCGUCCGUUGUGGAGACACUACUUCCAGAACACACAGGGUCUUAUCUUCGUCGUGGACAGCAACGAUCGUGACCGUGUUGUUGAAGCCAGGGACGAGCUUCACAGGAUGCUCAACGAGGAUGAACUGAGAGAUGCAGUUCUGCUUGUUUUUGCUAACAAGCAAGAUCUCCCCAACGCUAUGAACGCUGCUGAGAUUACUGACAAACUUGGCCUUCACUCUCUCCGCCAACGUCACUGGUACAUUCAGAGCACAUGUGCCACCUCUGGAGAAGGACUCUACGAGGGUCUUGACUGGCUCUCCAACAACAUUGCUAACAAGGCAUAGAAAAGGAGGUAGCAAGAUUCCUCCCUGCUUGUUUGGUUUGUUUAUAAAAUCAAGGAAAGGGGUCUGUUUCGGUAGUACUAUAAAAACGAAACCAAGAUUUUAUCAUCACAUGUUCUUCUUCUUCUUCUUCUCGCAUCUCAAACUCAAUAUCAUAUCACAUUUUGUACUUUCCUUUAAUAACUCAGCUCUAUUUACUUUCGGAUAUUAAUUUCUUUA